AUGCAGCGUGAGACCGUGUGGAUCACUCCUCCCGGCAUCUCCGAGAAGCUCUCAGCAUGGGUCUACGGUGAUCUGACGACAAAGAGAGCCGUCAUCGUUCUGGGACAUGGUCUGGGACUCUCGAAAGCACACGGCCUUCAGUUCUUCUGCGAAGCCUUUGCCAGUGCAGGUCACAUCGCCGUCGCAUUCGACUAUCCCACGCUCGGAGCAUCGCAGGGCCAGCCGAGAGGUCAAUGGAGUCACGUCGUACAGCGACGCGCAUUGAGCGAUGUCAUCGAUUGGGCCGCUCGGCAGCCGUGGGCAAAGGCUGAUCAGAUUGUCGUCUGGGGCUUCAGCUUCAGUGGUGCUCACUGCUUCCAUCGAGUCCUCCUCGCACUUAACGAAAGUCAUCUCAUGCAAAAGGCAGUGAGUGGACUCUACUUGGCUCUCUGGAGCUUCUCGACCCUUUCCAUCUUGCGCAAUACACCUGCCAUGCUUGCCGAUCUCAUAUCGAGAAUCGCGCCAUCGAGGGUAUCACCUGUCUACCUGCCCGUCUGCUCGAAUCCUAGAGGCAGGGGUAUUCUCAGCACGCCCGACGCAUCACGCGGCUUUGCGAUGCUUGUCGAUCAUGCGCGCGACGAAGAGGAGCACAACGCCUUAGCUGCUGAACAUCAGCGAGCGGCCCGCUGCGCAGGCGACAUGAUCUAUCUGAGAGCCAGCCAAUGUCUUGAUGCGCUCUUGCACUCUGCCAUACGUGCUGCGUCAGGCACGAAGAUCCCAGUCCUUCUCGUCGUUGCCGAUCAAGACUUGAGCGCAAAUCCUACGCUUGCAGUAGAAUCUGUCAAGCGCGUGCAACAUGUGAGGAUGGUGCACAUAUCAGGUGACCACUUUGAUAUCUUCCGACCGGGCGAGGCGCGGGACCGCACCGUUAGAGCGCAGCUCGAAUUUCUUCGACAACUCUUUCCAUGCUUCUUCCCGAAUGCACCGAGCUCGAUUGUGAUCGAUGUCCGUCUGCGCCAAUAUUGUCGUGGAAUUCAAACCACGCGUCUCGACCAAGUUCGGCCGAGAUCGUCGUUCCUCCCAAUUCGUCAUCGACCUGCCAAGGGCACCUCGCAUCAAAACAUCGCCAGCAUGCCCAACAUCGCUACCACCUACCCAGGCGUGCCGUCGUCCUACAAUGGGCCGUCGAUUCCGAACCCUGAUGGCAACCAGGCGCACAUCUCGCUCUAUGGCUAUCGUCCAGCAUUGGCGUUGGGCCUCAUCGGCUGCAUCACAUUCGGUGUCUUGUUGAUCGUGCACAUUUUCUACAUGCUGGCAAAGCGACACACGCGUGUCUUUCAGGCUCUCAUCGUCUUUAGCUGCGUCUGCGAGGUCAUCGGCUACGCGAUGCGAACCUAUAGCCAUUUCAGCACGUUCGAGAUUGUGCCCUUUAUUGUUUCUUACUGCCUCAUCACCGUCAGUCCGGUGUUCCUCAGCGCAUCUGUGUAUCUGGCACUCUCGCGCGUGCUGCAAUACGUUCCUGGCGCAGCUGAGCUGUCGCCCCUCAAGCCUCGCUCGAUUGUGACCAUCUUUGUUGGGCUCGACAUUGCCACGACAGCACUCCAAUCCGCCGGGGCAUCCCUCAUCGGUGUUGCCGAGUCCUCGUCUCAGAGUCAGCAAGGAUCGGCGCCCUUGACUGCCGACCAAGCCAAUCAUAUUUUGCUGGCCGGCCUGGCUGCGCAGUGUGCUGCAUUCCUGGUCUAUCUCGGCAUCCUGACCGUCAUCGUACGGCGGUCGAUGCUGAGGCAGCGACAGGACGCCGACUUGCCCAAUCUGCCAAAGAGCCUCAUCGUCGUGCUCGUCUCGACAUCGCUCCUCAUUUUGACGCGAACAGUCUUCAGAACGGCGGAGACCGGCGAAGGGCUCUUCUCCUAUGCCUCCAGUCACGAGUAUUUGUUCGGCAUCCUCGAAUAUACACCCAUCGUGCUGUCUGUCGCCAUAUGGGCAGCCUUCCCUCUCUGGCGCUUCAUCGAACCUGCCACACCGUCUGACGAAGAGACACUCACGGACAAGCACCUUUCGACGCUCUCAGAGCCGAAAUCGCGGACGAGCUCAUGA